UGAUACUGCUCUCCUUCCUCAAUAUUUUGAGGAAGAGAGCCUGCCACAAUAUCCUCAACUGGGUUGGGAAAGCAGAAGUAGUUCCAGUCUACUUACCAUAAGCUACGUAGCAUGCAAAUAUUGGAGUAAGAAAAGUCGUCUUAAAAGGAAAUAGUUUUGCCUGAUAGCAUCCAAAAGAGCAGAUGUAGAAACAAGACAAUCUGAGUUUGUGAUGACUGUCAGCAUGCUGCAACUACACUUGAUGGGAGGAAUUUUCCUCAUGCUCUUAAAAGUGAGUACAUCAUCUGAUGUGACAGGCCCUGAAUCAGUGACAGGAUAUCGUGGCAGAUCGCUGUCUGUGGUGUGCAAAUAUGCUAAAGGAUAUAAGAAUUAUAAGAAAUACUGGUGCAAAGGAGCAGAUUGGGGUUCUUGUGAAACAGUUGUUGUGACCACUGGAACGGAAGAAGAGGUGAAGGACGGCAGAACCUCUAUCAAGGACAAUCUAACUCUCUCAAAAUUCACUGUGCGUUUGGAGAGCCUCGCACAGCAAGACGCUGGUAUUUACUGGUGUGCUAUAGAGAGAAUAGGAACUGAUCCUGGAUUCCGCGUGAAUAUGACUGUUCUUCCAGAGCCCAGUACGACAAUAGCUGUAACUACUGCUGGAUAUGUUUCUACAGCUUUAUCCACCGCAACAUUUCCAGUCACCGCCAACAGCGCAGGUUCUACAAACAGCCCCAAACGCUUUGACCCCAUGCUCCUGUUACCAGUUUUCCUGGUGCUGCUGGUUCUUUUAGUAGGAGCUCUACUGCUGAUGUGGAAGAUGAAGAAACGAAAAGCUGCCAAAGCUUCUGGAGACACCCUGCUGUUUGAGGCUCCUAACUCUACAGAAGGCAAUAUUUCCAGUGUAACUGUGCAGCCAACCACUCCUCCCAGCUCUGAUCAAACCACAAACCACACACUAGAGGUGGCAUAUGCAACCAUACUAACUCCAUCUCUUGCUUCUCAGGUUUCUAAAGAUACCGAAUGUAUCUCCUAUGCUACACUAAAGUUUUCUGCCCAAAAUGAGCAAGCUAUCUACGCCAAUGUGUAGUAGGCAUCCACUCCGUUCCUGACGAUGACAGAAUACCGUGAGCUGGAAAAGAAACAGGCGGAGUCCUUGGGACACUCUCUUCCUGUUCUCCUUCCCCUCCAUGGCAUGGGCCAUUGCAACAUCCCUCACAGUGGUGCAAAGUGACUGAACUCUAGCAUCUCAUGCCCAGCUCCAGGUGGCAGCCUGUUCUGAUUACAACUGGAGGAAGAAAGCCGAGCAGGGUGCUCCAUCACAAAGCUAUCUGGGAGGCAAUCUGUCUUCCUGCCUCUAAGCAUGGUAGUCGUCUGGGCGAGCAAUCAAUCAUCUGCCAUCACCCUUGAUCAUCUGCGGGUGGUGUGCUCUUUAGGGCAUCCUGCCCACUAACCCUCUUGGCCUUUCUCACUGCUCAUGAGAAAGGGCUCGGUCCCUACUGUAGGUAGCUAACCUCGAAACUUUGAAAUGCUCUCCUGGCCGGCAUCCACUCCUCAGCUUCCACCACAGUUCUUAGAAAACAAGUAGAGACGUGGCUCUUCACCCACCCAGGCUUUUAAAUGAGAUCAGUUUUCAUUCCUGCUGUUCUGUAUUUUGUGUAUUAUUGUUGUAUAUAGAUCUUUAGAUUUUUAAAUGGAGAUUAUUUUUAUAUUUAUAUUAAUCGCCGUACUUUCUGUAUUUUAAUUGUGUAUUGUUUUAAGUAUGUUGUGAACUGCUUUAAGAUGAUUUUAAUGAAAAGCAGUAUAUAAACUGAACAAUAAAUAAAAGAUUGAGGAAGAACGUUAUGUACA